ACCCAGUCCGGUUUCCUCAAGGGCUGGAGGAAAAGGUGGUUUGUUCUCAAGCAUGACAGCUACCUCUACUACUACAGGCACAAGAAGGACGAAGGUAAGAGCAAAGCGCUGUCAUUUCUGAAGUUAGAGGGAGCAGAUGUGGAGCCUGACAUGAGCCUGGGAAAACCACAUGUUUUCAGGUGCUGCCCAGUGUCUCGAAGUCGGGUCUAUUACUACUGUGCGACGUCCAACCAGGAGAUGAAAAGGUGGUUGGAGGUUAUGAACAGAGCAGCCCACCCAGUACCUCAGAAACACGUGUGGGUGGACGUCACCCGCCACAACGCCAGCCUGCCACCUCUGGCCAUCAAGAAGCCUGAAUGCCUGGGCCUUUUACACCAGCUGGACAAGGAAAAGGAUGUCUGGGUGCAGUACUACUGUAUACUAAAGGAUGGCUGUCUUUAUUUUUACACUGGAAUUCGCUCCACCUCUGCUCAGGGGGGAAUCUUCUUGCAUGGAUAUGCUAUUAGAGAGCAGCCAUUGGGAUCAAAGAGAUCCACUAUUGAGCUGAAGCCGCCAUCUGAGGAGUUCAAAACUUUCUACCUGUGUGCAGAGAAUGCUACGGAAAACAGAAGGUGGAUUUUGGCACUGAAAGUAUCAAUAAGCAAAUGGCUACCUUUGCAUGAGGCAAUUAAGGACUACAUGAAAUGCCCACCAGAAGAAACAAGAAUGUAGAUGUCACUGACUAGUGUAAAUGUGUUACUUUGCUGA